CACGUUUUCGAGAAUUGAAGGUUUUUGACAGUUUUGGAAGACAGCGCGGCGCGGUUGGCAACACCGCUCGGGCACUGCGACGACUAUAGCCUCAUGGUUUCCUUGGCAACCCAGGCCUAGCCGAGCCGUACUCACAACAGCCCAGCAGCGGCCAGCAGCCCAGCGGCAGGACAGUCCAGCCAGUCCAGCCCGGCCAGCCCGUCCCAGUCCUCGCGCCCUCCGCCGGGCCCUGCACCCCCACCCCCUCCACCAGCCCUUGCCAUGGCGUCCGGCGGCGGUUCCUUGGAGUCGCAGUUCGAGGAGUUCAGCAAGUUCGGCGACUCGAAGAGCACCGGCAAGACCAUCACGCUGACGCAGUGCGACAAGUGGAUGAAGCAGGCCAAGGUGAUCGACGGCAAGACCAUCACCACCACGGACACGGGCAUCCAGUUCAACAAGUUCAAGUCCAAGACCAUCGACUACAAGACGUUCGUCAAGUACCUGGAGGAGCUCGCCGCCUACAAGAAGCUGGAUGCGAACGACAUCAAGAACAAGAUGAUCGGGUGUGGCAUGCCGGGCACCUCCGGCGCCACGAAGGCGCAGAAGGUGGGCGGCGUGGAGCGCUUGACGGACACGUCUAAGUACACGGGCUCGCACAAGGAGCGCUUCGACGCCAGCGGUAAGGGCAAGGGCAUCACGGGGCGCGAGGACGUGGCCGAGAACACCGGCUACGUGUCGGGCUACAAGGACAAGAACACGUACGACAAGAAGCACUGAGCACGGCCUGCAAGAUUAACAGCAACAAUAAAAACAGCAAAGCAAAGAAAGUCGUCCCGCCCCCUUUCUCUCGCAAGGCCCCCAAGA